GCGGUCCCGUGACUGUGUUGUCGCGAGAACUGGCGGCUUGGGGGCGUCUGCGCCAGGAAACCGAAGUGUAGGUGACGGUUCCGAGACAUCGCCGCCAAGCUGGGCACCGGGGAGAUGGCCGAGACGGACCCCAAGACCAUGCAGGACAUCACCUUGGUGGUGGAGACGCUCCUGCAACAGAUGCAAGACAAGUUUCAGAUCAUGUCCGACCAGAUCAUUGGACGGAUCGAUGACAUGAGCAGUCGCAUUGACGACCUGGAGAAAAAUAUCGCUGACCUCAUGACCCAGGCUGGAGUGGAAGAGCUGGAAGGCGAAAACAAGAUUCCUACUGCGCAGAAGAGUUGAAGGCUGCUGAUACUCACAGUGAAUCCAGAACGUCGUUUUUCCCAAGCCAAGAGAAAACCAAGUGGCUUUCUGCAACUAACUGUCAUGUGUCGACAGGUUUAAAGCGUGCGUUCUUAUCACAGCCUGCAUAGUCCAUAGAAUGUCUCCCCAACACCCCCAGUUUCUCAAACUUGGUAUCUUUACAUCUUGGUCAGUUGUCUUAAUUAUUAAACACUAAAACUUUGGCAGUU